AUGAAAGAUUAAAGCAAAAGAAAAUAAAAUGAAGAUUUAAAUUUAAAUAAAGAUCAGCAAUCAACAACAAUUUAAUUGAAGGAUCAGCUUGGAUAAUUAAAAGGUUAAUUUAAGCAAUAGUAAAUUGAUUAGAGUAGAAGGAGUUGUGAUUUUAACUUGUCUGAGCGUUUGUUUGAGACAUAUACUUAAUAUUUCCAUAAAGUCUUAUACAAGAUUAAUAAGCCGCUGUGGCUAUCACUUAUACUUUUAUUCAUUAAUUUUUUACAAAUGUAAAUAUUAAGCUUCACAAGCGAUCUAAAGAAUAAAAUCAGCAAUUUAUAAUAUGAAUCUUAUGCAAAUGAUCUUUAUAAUAUAUUAGAAUAUAGUCACUUUCUUAAGGUAAUUAAUAUUGUCACAAAGAAUGAUGAUAGAUUAAGCUAGCACAUAAUGAAUAUAAUUUCUUUCUCUUUCAACCUUCAGUUUUUAUUGUUUUUAACUUUGGCUGUUAUCAUGAAUCUCAAAAAAGAUAAUAAAGGAAAUAUUUUAAUAUAAAUUUUUCUGAUUUUUGAAUCUAUAUAUCUAUAAUUAUUUGGCUAUAUAUUCUACGUUCCUUAAAUCUACUCUGCUUCUAUUAUUAUUUUCAAUGACAACUUUUAAGAUAACCCGAUUUAAUUCUCAUUUGCUUCUAUUUCUCUUAUCUUAACCAUAAUAGUAGGUUUUAUAUUUCAUACACAUGACUUUGAUUACAGAUUUAUAUUAUGCAAUCAUUUAUCAAAACGACACAGUAACUGGUCCUUUGUUAGGAUGAUUAGCGAAACUCUUAUUACUGGCCUGUUUUCUUAAGGAUCUAAUGGAUGGCUAAUUAAUUUACUGUUAUUACUUACAGGCAUAUUAAAUAUUUUAGAAUUUAUAAUUUCCUUACCAUUCUAUUCUAAGAGCGUUUAAGUUUUAUUUGUUUCAUUAAGCAUCAAUAGAAUAUUUAUGAGCUUGAUCUUCUUUAUCUAUCUGAUCAAUGUUUAAAUGAAUUCACUUUUAAUAGUUUAAGUUUGCGUUGUCACAAUUUGCUUCGAAUUGGGAAGAAGGAUUCAUUCAGUUAGAUAUAGAUAUAUUUUGUUUAAUCUAAUUUCUCUUAAUUAAACGAACAAAAAGGGAUUUUCACCAAAACUAUUUGAUUAGAUUACUCGCUACAUUUAUUACAAUUAUGACUACUUCUAUGAAGAUUACAUGGUAAAUAAGACAGGAGUUUUUUAUGAGACCGUCUAUCUUAAUCAUAUUUAAUCUUGCUUCAAAUAAAAAUGUUAUUGUCACUCCAUUUAAACUGAUAGUCAAUAUGAUAUUAAUUUCUUAGGUGAUAAAAACAGAAAGUCUUUCAUGGACUUUUUUCUCAUGGAAAUUAUGGAAAAUUAUAUAAAUUAGUUUAAAAAUGUUGAAGAUAAUUACAAAAAAUUCAUUUACACUUACAUUAAUUUUUUAAUCGAUGUGAAAUCAAUUCCUUAAAAAGUAAGUUACGAGCUCCUUAAAAUGAAAAACAAUUCGCUUCAUAAUUAUAAUAACUCGCAAGAUAACAGCAAAUAAACCUUAGGCUCACAAAAAAGUGGAGGUGUUUCUUCGUUUGUUGAAUGCCUCAUUUAUGAAUAAAUGAAAGAAAGGUCUGAAAAAAAAUUUUCUUUGUAUUAUUCAAAGGACGAAUUUUAGAAUUAAAGGCUAAAUUUAGAAUUGGUCAUUGAAUUUGAUGAUCUUCUAAAUAGUUCACAUAUAUUUCUUUAAGAUAUUGUUUAUUUAUAAGGAACAUUUUAUGCAUUUUUGUCUUAAGAUUACCUGAAUAUAGAAUAGAUAGAAAAUAAAGGCAGAUAAUUAAAGCAGAGGAGAGAUUUUUUAAAACAGUACAUUUAGCGCAUGUUUGAUAUAAAUUAUUCUAACUCUACCUUAAUUGAAAUAGCAUUAAUUUAUAGUCAGUCGUUAGAUUUUGAAAAUAAAAGUAUAAGAGAAUACAUCAAGCAAAGCAAAAGAUUGAUAAUUAGGAAUUUAAAGAAAGAAGAUUUGAAUAUCGACCUCUUCAAAAAUGAAUCUUGUACCUUAAAAAUUUCUCUUUUAAGUGAAAUGGCUAUAGUGAAAUAGGUCUCAAGUUAAUUCGAAACAAUUCUAGGAUAUUCUCAGAAAGAGAUUUAAGAAUAGAAAGCUAGCUUAAUAGUUCCAGGUUUUUUCCAAAAGCCUUUCUAAGAUUAUAUUCAUUAAUUUAUAAAUUCAAACGAUUUUAGCUAAAUUCUUUGUUCUAAGAUGCUAGUUUUCCCACUUAAAUUCUAAGGAUUUAUUCUACCUAUGUAUAUGAGAUGUUGCACGUAUUAAUCGUUAAACGACUUUGGAGUAUGCGCUUACCUUGAAAAAGACGAUUAAAAAAAAUAGUAUAUUAUUAUAGAUGAUUCUGGAUUAAUCCUUGAUAUUUCAGAAGAAAUAUUUAAUUGUGCAUUUUCUUUCGGAAAUAAUAAAUUGCAAAACAUCAAAAGAGUUGAUUUACUCAAAAUUUUACCUGUUUUAGGAUGUUUACUGAAAUCUAAAAAUGAUGAAUAAUAAGAAUUUCUAAAUGUGGGAAAUGGAAAGAAAACAACAAAAGAGAUACAAACUUUAAUGAUUAUCAAUCCUCGAAUUCAAAAAUAAUACAUAGAUACAACUAAUAGCUUAGAAGAAUAUUAUAAAAAGACGUUUUCACAGUUUAAAGGAAAAGGAUAUCGUUACAUUUUAAUUUAAUGGAGUUUUUAAGAGCAACUAUUAAAUUAAGGACAAAGUAUUAAGUAUGUUCAAAUAACAAAAUUCAGAAAACUAGACACAUAGAAAUAUGCAAAUCUGAUAACGAUGCAGAUAGAAUGUGCUAAGCAUUUUAUGAAUACUCACUUAGAUUUGAAUUUAGCUAUAGAUGUUGCUUCUUAUAUAAAUCUAUUCCAAGCAGGUGUAUCAACAACAUUGACUAACUAGUCAACUUUUAAUUAAAGAACAGAUACAAGGUUAUACAAUAAAACUUUUUUAAAAUCGAUUAUGCAAUUCGAAAGCUUGAUUACUUCAAGGCAUUUGGGCAAUAACUACUUGUUAAAGCAAGUAUAGCAGUAGCAAAAUAAUUAGGCUAAUUAAAGUACAAAUACAACUGCUGUAAAUAGUACUUAUGCUAACCAAAACCAUUCGUCUUCUCUAAAUUCAGAGUUUUAAAUAAAUAAAUAGUUGGGUAAAUAGUUGUCUUUAAUUUAGACUUAAGCUAAAGAUUAUUUGGCAAAUAGCCAUCAUCAUAUAAAUUCUCUUUAAUAUGCUAAAAGUCUGCAUCCAGAAACCAAGUAAAACUCUUUAAGCAAGCUUGAGAAAGAUAACAUCUAAGAAUCUUCUGAUUUAGAUUAAGAUAUUAAUGUAUUUUCUGAGAGAUAGAUAAUGAACAAAUAAGCCACCAAUAUAAACUUAGAAGAGUCAGAAGUAAUUGAAGAAAGUUAAUAAUAAAGCGAAGAUCUCACUGCUAUUUAUUCAUAUAAAAAAAAGACUUUCUUAGCACCUAAAUAAAAUUUGCUUGCUAAAAACAUAGCUAAUUCUUUAGAAAAUUUGUAAUAUUAAUCUCCAAGAGGUGCUUAUAAUGAAAAGGAUUUGAAUCUAAUUGCUCAAUCUCCUUUGAUGCCUUUAUCUCCUAAAUUUAACGAAAACUCAAAUCUUAUUUAAGAAAAAGAAGAAUUAGUAGAUUAAAGUAAGUUAGAAUAUACUGCCAACAUAGAAGCCAUUGAUUAAAGUCAUUUAAAUCCAUCAUUUAUUAUUUCAAAUAACAACUUAUUAUCAGGUAGGGCAUAACCAAUUAUAGUAUCUUAAAAGCCAAUUAUUAAUUUAUAGAGUAGUUCUAAUAAUCCAUUAUUUUCUUUAGAAGUGUUUGAUGAAAAUCACAUACCUUUAAAUCAUAGUAGGAUUGAAGCUUAUAAUAAUACUUCAUCUUAGCAAAUUUCCUUGAAUAAUUUAGAAAAAAACUCUAAUAGUUAUAAUAAAAGCUAAUUUGCUAAUUAAGACAAUUUUUAUGAAAAAAUAGGUGACAAUAUUGUUGAAAAUAAUAGAUCCUAUUAAAAUUUAAGCAACUAAAGCUCUUUAGCAACCGGUCAUUUUGCCUAUAAUAAUGCUCCCAAUAACUAAUAUAAUAUAAAUAUUCCUAGUACCCAAGUUAAUAAUAGUAAUAAUAAUACUAAUAAUAAUAAUAAUAAUAAUAUUAAUAAUAAUAAUAACAAUUAAAAUUCUAUUUAAUCUAUAUAAGAGAUAUAAGCAGGCUAAUCAACACCUACUUCAUCUUUAAAAUAAAAUUCCUAAGGUAAUAAUGUUGCAAGCAAUUUAAAUAACCCAAGUACUGCUGCUUUUUUGAAUAAAAAGUUUAAUAGCACCUUAGAUGGUAUAGCCUUUAAUGGUGUUGCUUAAUAGGCUGCAGGAAGUGGUUCAAAUAUGAGCUUUUCAUCAACAAACUAAAUUAAUAGUAUAACCAGCUUAGCUUAGCUAAAUAACAUCAGUAAUAAAAUUAUUAAAGAGGAUAGCAAAAGAAGAAAAUCUUUAUUUAGUUCUCGUAGGAUAACUUCGCCAACGAAAAAAUAAACACACGUUUCAUUUAAGAGUAACGAAAAACCUGAUAGACAAGCAAAUGAUAAAAAUUUACUUGAUUUAAAUAAAUAUAACUUUGAUCAAUUCUAAUUUUAUGGGGCAGACAAAUCUUAAGAAAUUUGGGAAGAAGACAGCUCAAGUGGUAGCAUUAAUGAUGAUUCAGAGAAUUUUUAAAACAAGCAAAAAAUUAAUAGCUUAGAUGUUGUUAAUGAAGAAGCAGAGAUAAUGGAUAUUUCUCAUUUCAUAUAAAACACAAAAGAAUCAAAUAACUUUAAAAAAUCUAAAAAGACAAACGUUGCAGGUUAAAAUUAAGAUUCAAUUCAUUCAUCAUAAACUCAAAACUCCUCAAGAAGACUCUACGUAAUCAAAGUUGUUAGAUCGAAGAAACUUUCUAAGCUUUUUAUAACUGCUAAUAUAGCAGGAUAUAUUGGAUUACUUCUUCUAUUAAUAAUGACUUCCGGAUUGUAUGCUGUAUCUUAUUCGUAUUUUUAGGAUCAAUACUAUUCAAUGGUAAAUAUGCCUUUGUUCAACGAUAUGUAUUCUUCAUUCAGUCAUUUAAUGAAAUGCUCAAAUCAAAUCCUCUUGUAUAAAAAUAAUUACUUUUAACUUGAUAAAAAUUACUUAAACUAGCUUUAAAAAAAUUUAACAAACAUUGAAGUGACUUUGAAUUAAAAUUUCAAAGAUAAUCUCUAUCAACUUGUUUUAAAUAAAUAAAAUAUGGAUUACUUAACAUAUGCUUACAAUACAAAAGCUAAAAUAAGUAUAUAUCCUACACCUUAUGUAUACGACAAUGUAGUUACUUUGUCAGUAAGUAUCCUAUAUUCUUUUAUAAUCCUGUGCGGAUACUUAUAUAAAUAUAUCUUUCCUUCUAGUUUGUAUGAUGCUGUUAUUGGAGAAGUAUUCAGUGUAGCAAAUCUUAGGUCAUAUUAAAAGUCUAUGGACACAAUUUAGAGCAUGGCUGUGUAAUUUAGCUAUAAUUCUUUCAAUUAAAUAGAUAAUAAUUACAAUAUUUCAUUGUCUAUCAUAAUAGUUGUUUCUUUUAUAGUUACUAUCAUUGUCUAUUUUAUGAAUAUAAUGUUUAUUACCAAUAGAGAAAAUAUUUUAAAAUUAUUUGCUACUUUCUCUCCAGAGCUGCUUUAAAGGCUUAUAAAUAACUUAGAUGAGCAACUAAAGUAAUUGUUUAGUAUAAGAAAUGUCAUCAAUUCUACAUAAUUAAAUACUUUGUAAAUAAAUGUAGAUAAAAAAGGAAGUACUCAUGGGAUAGUAAGUGGUAAUUUGAGUAAAGGAAUAUCGGCAUCAGUACACAGCCUUAGUAAACUUUAGCUAUAUGGAAGAAAAACUAUUUCAUUAACCAACUCAUUGCCCAAAUUUAGUCUUUCUUCAAUGUUGAUUUGCUUACUAUCACUAGUUAUUGUAGCAACAUAUCCAGUAGUGAACUUGGUCGUCAAAAAUAAUUUGAAAAAAGAGAGCUAAACACAAGUUUAGGAGCUCAACUAUAUAUUAUCUGUACCUGCGCAGCUUGGAUAGCUGCUUUAAGCUCAUUAUGGUACUAUGGGAUGGUAAUAUUAAGGAUUUUAAGGAGUAUAGGAUCCAAACAACAUUUAUUACAAUAUGACCAACUUAUUCACUAUUUAAAAUUAAGUUUUGAUAAAUAAUUUAUACUCAUUGCUUUCUCUUAGUUAAAGUUUUUAAAGAGACUAAUAAAGUAACUACAAUAAAUACUUUUAUCCAUUGUUAGAUAAAAAUGUUUGUGAAGUACUUAAAUAAACAACCAAAUAUAACGACCCUUAUAUGAUGAGCAUCUGCAGCACAGUGUUUUCUGGUAUAUUUGAAUAGGGUUAUAUAAUUGCCUUAAAAAACUUUUUAGGAUUAGUGGAUUAGCUUUCUUAAAUAUACAAUAAUACAAACUCUUAAUAGCUAUAAGCUACUCUCAUUUAAUGGAAUAAUAAUAUAAAUUAAGGUUCUAAUUCCUAUAAUACAAUUCCUGUACCUGGGUUCGUAGCAUUAGAUGAUUCUUUUGAGCUUAUAAUUUACAUUUCUGGUUUUUUGAAGGAAUUUGUAAUAGAAUAAUAUCAAAAUACAUUUUAAAAGACUUAAACCUAUUUCAUUUUACUUUUUGUUUACUCUCUACUUAUUUUCAUUCUUCUUUUCUUGCUAGGGUGGUACUAAUUUUUUAAUUCACAGCUCGAAAAGAUCUACGAAUGCAGAAACCUUUUAACAAUUUUCUAGAUAUAAACCUUAUUAGAAAAUCCAUAUAUCAUGUCCUAUUUUAAAUAAAUUAUCUCAUAUUCUUCAAACAACUCUAACUCUUAAUAAAAUUGA